CCUUCAAUUUCAUCAAAUCAAGCCAUAGCCUACUCACAUUCUCAAAUUAAUCUCUAAUAAACUAAGUUCUUAGUUAGAGCUUAAUUAAUACUUUUCAUUAUGGCUCAAUUUAUGAGCUUCUUCACGGUCGUUGUUCUCCUUGCUGUUGCACCAAUUUGUCUCUCUACUAAAACUUAUGGUGGUUACUUAUUCCCACAAUUUUAUGACCGAUCAUGUCCCCAAGCAAAAGAAAUUGUCAAGUCUAUUGUUGCCAAGGCCGUAGCUAAAGAGGCUCGAAUGGCUGCUUCAUUGUUGAGGCUGCAUUUCCACGAUUGCUUUGUCAAGGGGUGUGAUGCAUCUCUACUUCUUGACAGCAAUGGAAGCAUAAUUAGUGAGAAGAGAUCAAAUCCCAACAGGAAUUCAGCUCGUGGAUUUGAAGUGAUUGAUGAAAUUAAGAAGGCAUUGGAGAAGGAGUGCCCUCAAACUGUCUCUUGUGCAGACAUCUUGGCACUAGCUGCAAGGGAUUCAACUGUUUUAGCUGGUGGACCAAAUUGGGAUGUACCAUUAGGAAGAAGAGACUCCAGAGAUGCCAGUAUAAGUGGCUCCAACUAUAACAUCCCUGCUCCAAACAACACAUUUCAAACCAUUCUCACUAAAUUCAAGUUAAAAGGGCUUGAUAUUGUUGACCUUGUAGCUUUAUCCGGAAGCCACACCAUUGGUAAUGCCAGAUGCACCAGCUUCAGGCAGAGACUCUACAACCAGUCAGGAAACAGUUUACCAGACUCUACACUGGAACAGUCAUAUGCUGCCCAAUUGCGCACUAGGUGCCCAAGAUCUGGUGGUGACCAAACUUUAUUUGUCAUGGACUUUGUCUCCCCAAUAAAAUUUGAUAACAGCUACUUCAAGAACUUGUUGGCAUCAAAGGGACUGUUGAACUCAGACCAAGUCCUUGUGACUAAGAAUCAAGAAUCACUAGCAUUGGUGAAACAGUAUGCAGAGAACAGUGAGCUUUUCUUCGAGCAUUUCGCGAAAUCUAUGGUUAAGAUGGGAAAUAUUUCACCUUUGACGGGUUCCAGGGGAGAAAUCAGGAAGAAUUGCAGGAAGGUUAACUCCUAAAGGGCACAGCAGCAAGAAAAAUUAAUAAUUGUGGCUCUAAUUUAAUGUUUUGUGGUAUUCUAGUUUCUUUCAAAAUUCUUGAGUUUUACUUCCGCAUCUGUACUCGAGGAUGUAAUAGCUUGUAGUCAUCUUCGCAGAUCAUCUUAUACUUUAUGAUAUGAAGAGUAUUUUGGUUUAA